AUGUACGAAGGGAUUGACAACCUGAAAUCCCUUUACGACCGUGCCGGGAAGACUUUCUCCGGCGGUCCUUCUGCGGCACAGGAUGUGUCGCGUCGUACUGCUCGACCAGACCCAGUACGUCAACCAUCAGUUGGGAGCGGGGCUCCCAAGAAUCCCAGGACGGGGGAUAGCCGCGCCACCGGACGAGGUAACUCGUCCGACGUCCGUUCACGUCGCGGUGGUUCAACAGCUGCUCAACUAGAUAGCGCUGGCCACCGCGAGAGUCCUCUAAUGGAGGUGGAGGAGGAGGAAAGACGCUCUCCACACGAUCAUGUGGAUCGGUGUGUUCCCGAGAGCUUCUUUGAUCGCGUAACGCAAGGGUUACGCGACGAUCUCGAGCAUGAGCGGAAUAGGCGUCUCCAAAUGGCGGACACUGCCUCGAAGCAUCGAGCUGAGUUUGCCUUUGCUCAGCUUGAGAACGAGAGAUCUCUAACAUCUCUUCGUGACGAGCUAAGGGUAGCUCGUGGGAUUGUUGAUCGGUCUCGGGAUGAGAUAGCUGCUCUUCAGACCCUUGUUGAUGCCCACCAUCGGGAGCACAAGGCUCUCUGCGAGAUGCUAGAGCGCAAGGGCGUUCUUCAUCGGAAGAAGCAGCGUACUGGUGGUACGGCUUAA